AUGAUAAGAAUGGCUGGAGCAAUUGCAGCAACUGCUGGUGUUCUUUCAGGCAUAACAACAUUUCUUAUUCUUGCUACAGGCCUUUUUUACAUGCUUACUGGACAAGGAUCCAGAUUUGAUUUUGCAUGGUUCCUUGAAUCAACAUCACCACAUAUGUGGGCAGGUUUAGGUAUUGGGUCAUCAUUAUCACUUUCAGUCAUUGGAGCAGGAUGGGGUAUAUUUACAACAGGAUCUUCCAUACUUGGUGGUGGUGUAAAAACACCAAGAAUACGUACUAAAAAUUUAGUUUCCAUUAUUUUUUGUGAAGCUGUAGCUAUUUUUGGAAUCAUUAUGGCUUUUGUUUUUGUUGGUAAACUUCAUCCAUUUGAUCCAAAAAUUGCAACACAUGAAGUUUAUGCAAAAAAUCUUCUUGCUGGAUAUCUUAUUUUUGGAGGUGGUUUGACUGUUGGUUUCUCAAAUCUUGUAUGUGGCAUUGCUGUUGGUAUUGUUGGAUCAGGUGCCGCACUUGCUGAUGCUGCUAAUCCUGCUCUUUUUGUAAAAAUUCUUAUUAUUGAAAUUUUUGCUUCUGCUAUUGGACUUUUUGGUAUGAUUAUUGGAAUCGUUCAAACCAACAAAGCUCAAAUGGGAAAUAGUUAA